AUGCUCGAGGGAAAGGGCUUCGAAGAGCCUUUGCGCGCCAGUCUGGUUAGCAUUGUUGCGACUGCAGCUCAAACCACUCUUUCUCAAUGGACGAGUGUUCUUCUGAUGAUCUCGCUAAUCUUUGGAGGCUGCUGUGCUAAUGUGGGUAAGUACAUUUCUAACUCGCGACUACCAGGCCCCUUGAUAACAUUUGCUCAGUUUAUUCUGACGGCGCUCUUUAUGGUCCCGAACUUCCUUUCCCUGUCGGCAGGCCCUCGGUCAUUUUUUAUUAGCACGCGCUCUAUACCCCUAAGGUCAUGGUUUAUCUAUACGGCUUUCUUCGUUACAGUCAAUCUUCUCAAUAAUUGGGCAUUCGCAUACAAGAUUUCAGUUCCACUCCACAUCAUCGUGAGGUCUGGGGGCCCCGUUGCGUCGAUGAUUGUUGGUCGUUUUCAUGCCUCGAAACGAUAUUCCCAUGGCCAAAUGCUCGCAGUAGCGAUGCUUACAUUAGGAGUUGUUACGUCGGCGCUGGCAGAUGCGCAGGCUAAGGGCCAGUCUAUCAGCAUCGGGAUUGCCGAAUCCACCACCACACUAUCCACAACUUCGACCGGGUUCGCCAUGCUUGCCCUGGCAAUGGUUCUUUCUGCAUUUCAGGGAAUCUACGCAGAUAAACUUUACGAGACAUAUGGAAGGAGCCAUUGGAAAGAGGCUCUCUUCUACUCUCACAUACUUUCUCUACCGCUAUUCCUACCUACUUUCCCCCAACUCCUCGGUCAAUGGCGUAUCCUGUACUCCUCGCCUUCUUUACUUUCUCGGGUUGUGCCUGCAGUAAACGAAGCUGGGUAUUUGCACACUAUAUUUACUUCCGAUGGCACAAUUGCGCCCGAGAAGCCCUGCGUAACCUCCGCUACUACCCCUAUCCUAAGUGGGCUUUCUUACCUGCUUGUGGCAUUUCAGGAAUCCUGGUUUUUCCAAUCCAUAUUCGCUCGCAUUCCGGUGCAGGUCUUUUACCUCAUAUUGAAUGCCUUGACACAAUAUUGGUGUAUCCGGGGGGUCCACCUUCUCUCUGCGAAGUCAUCUUCUUUGACAGUUACGAUUGUUUUGAACAUUAGAAAACUUGUUUCUCUUCUGUUGUCAAUACAUAUAUUCGGAAAUGCUUUAUCACAUGGAGUCCUUAUAGGCGCUAUACUUGUUUUUGUUGGAGGGGCAAUGUACGGUUUUGAGGGUGCACGUCUGAGGAGAAUAACCCUGAAAAGGGAUUAA